AUGGAUUUUCCUAACCUCUCCAUUAAUACUACCGCUCCUGAUGAAGUAAAUAAUUGGUCAACAUUAAAAAUAAUUUCAGUCUUCAUUUAUCCCACGAUCAUGGUUCUGAGCAUGGUGGGCAAUAGCAUUGUGAUUCUAACGGUUAUUCGUUCAUCGGAAAUGAGGAGUACUAUUAACAUAUUCAUCGCAAAUCUGGCCGUGUCCGACCUUCUCAUAACAUUCGUAUCAAUGCCAUUUACACCAAUUGCUUUCUACGUCAAAAGUUGGACAGCACCACCGAUUAUGUGCCGUCUACUUCCUUGGACUAUGACCACUAGUCUGUAUGUAUCAACUCUCACUUCAAUGGCGAUCGCCGCUGAUCGUUAUAUUGUCAUUGUUCAUCCCCUCAAGAGACCGGUGUCACCUUCCAUCUGUGGCAUCGUCAUUGCAACCGUGUGGUUUUUCUCCUUAUUGGUCACCCUCCCCAACGCUAUUUUCCACGAAGGAGUCUUGGAUCCAAUUACACAAGAAGUGAACUGUACACAGUCGUGGCCAACGGAAUACUCGUUACUCACGUUCACAAUUAUAACUUUCGUCCUCCAGUUCGUCGUUCCAUGUCUCAACAUUUCGUUGUGCUACUAUCGCGUAAGUUGUGUUCUUCGAGCAAGAUGUACCACGAAAAUUGGUCUGAGACUAAACAGUCGCGUAAAGGAGGAAGCUGAACUGCAUCGAACCCGUCGGACAAACAAAAUGCUUAUUGCUAUGGUGGUGGUGUUGGUGAUUUGCUGGAUCCCACUACAUUCGCUUUGGAUAAUUGUAGACGUGCUGCGCCCCGAGUUGCAAGACAAUCCACACUUUGAACUCGCUUUCAUGACAUGUCACAUGAUAGCUAUGAGUUCCACAGUCUAUAAUCCAUUCUUCUAUGCGUGGCUAAAUAACAAUUUCCGAAACGAAUUUAAGUCGUUCCUGAGAUGUCGUAAACCCGAAAGAAAACGCUGUUCAGGCACGGUGAACAAUGUGACGCCCCCCGCAUUAUGCACACAUAUGUACCAACGAAAGUUGUGGUUUUCGAUGAGGAGUUCAAAACAACUUCUAUAA